GGGCAGCGGGCAGAAACGUGUUCCCUGGCGGAUUGGCAGAGAAGCACCAUCAGUGCCGUACCGAGGAGGUCGCCCGAAAGAAAAAAAAAACAAGAAACGGCCGCCGCCGCUUUUGUGCCCUGGCCCCACGGUCUUCAGCAGUGCAGCGAUGGAGCUGGGAAACGGCAGCAGCGUCAACGUCACCAAGGAGUGCACCAACCUCUACGACCACCGGGACACAGCGCGAGUACUCAUGCCCCUGCACUACGGCAUCGUCUUCACCGUGGGCCUCCUGGGAAACGCGCUGGCCCUGCACGUCAUCCGGCCCAACCGCAAGAAGAUGAACGCCACCACGCUCUACUCCACCAACCUGGUGGUGUCCGACAUCCUGUUCACGCUGUCGCUGCCCCUGAGGGUGGUGUACUACGGCGCGGGCUUCCACUGGGGCAUGGGCGACGCGCUCUGCAAGGUCACCGGCCUCAUCUUCUACAUCAACACCUACGCCGGCGUGAACUUCAUGACAUGCCUAAGCAUGGACCGCUUCAUCACCGUGGUGCUGCCCGGCCGUUACAGCCGGUUCCGCUGGUUCCGCAAGGUCCGCAACGUCAGGUACAUCUGCGUGGGUGUGUGGCUGCUGGUGCUGGCCCAAACCCUGCCCCUGCUCUCCAUCCCCAUGACGAAGGAGGAGCCGGGAGGGUACAUCACCUGCAUGGAGUACCCCAACUUCGAGAAGGAGGAGAACCUGCCCGUCAUGCUCAUCGGGGCGGUGUUUCUUGGCUACGUGGUUCCCUUGGUGACCAUCCUGCUCUGCUACUCGGUGCUGUGCUGGAAGCUGUACUUCGCUGCCAGACAGAACCAGCUGACGGAGAAGUCGGGCAAGAAGGCCAUUGGCGUGAUUUGCAGCGUGGUCCUGGUGUUCGUGGUGUGCUUCAGCCCGUACCACAUCGACAUCCUGCAGUACAUGGUGCGGAAGCUGCUCUACACGCCAGACUGCACCGAGCUGCACGCCUUCCAGGUGUCCCUGCACACCACCGUCUGCCUCAUGAACCUCAACAGCUGCCUCGACCCCUUCAUCUACUUCUUCGCCUGUAAGGGCUACAAGAGGAAGAUCAUGAAGAUGAUGAGGAGGCAGGUGAGCACGUCCCUCUCCAGCGUGGUCCGGACGUCUCCGGAAGGUUCCUCCAGGGACAUCGACUGUAACAGGAUCCACCUCACCAGCACUCGACAAUCCGACGUGACCUCAAAGCACUGACCCAACCCAACGCGACCUCAACGCAUUGACCCAACCCAACGCAACAUCAACGCAUUGACCCAACCCAACGUGACCUCAACGCAUUGACCCAACCCAACGCGACCGCAACGCAUUGACCCAACCAAACGUGACGUGACCUGAACACACUGACCCAACCCAACGUGACCUCAAUGCAUUGACCAAACCCAACACGACCGCAACGCAUUGACCCAACCCAACGUGACCUCAACGCAUUGACCCAACCCAACACGACCGCAACGCAUUGACCCAACCCAACGUGACGUGACCUGAACACAUUGACCCAACCCAAAGUGACCUCAAUGCAUUGACCCAACCCAACACGACCUCAACGCAUUGACCCAACCCAACGUGACCUCAACGCAUUGACCCAACCCAACACGACCGCAACGCAUUGACCCAACCCAACGUGACGUGACCUGAACACAUUGACCCAACCCAAAGUGACCUCAAUGCAUUGACCCAACCCAACACGACCUCAACGCAUUGACCCAACCCAACACAACCUCAACGCAUUGACCAAACCCAACACGACCGCAACGCAUCGACCCAACCCAACGUGACGUGACGUGAACACAAUGACCCAACCCAACGUGACCUCAACGCAUUGACCCAACCCAACGCAACCUCAGCGCAACGCCCAAGGGGAGGGGGCGGGGGGCAAGGGGGGGCUGGCUGGUGGAGGUGACUGGAUUCAUAUUCAUUUACAUCCUGCCCACAACGCACCGGAAAUGUGCUUAAAAUGAGUUUGACCUGUAUGACUGUAAGCAGGAUAAACAGGAAGCCAGGUGGCGCAAACAGAGCGAGACCCAGUGCUCUGUUCUUACAGGAGCGUCUCUACCUGCUGAAGAUGACCAGCAGGGUGUUGUUGAAACACACACACACCCCACAUUUCUCCCGUUUUACUGAACUUUACUGAAAUACUCUCCUUGGUUCUGAGGAAAUGGGCAAAGUCAUAAGCGGGUAUUUUGGCUAGGCAAGCGGUUUGUUCAUACAUUUGUGUGUUGCGGUAUUACGAAAAAUCUCAAAAUGUACAUGUUUGUAAAUAUGUUUAUUUCAUUGUGACAUACAGUUGGAGCAGUGCUUUUUUGUUAAUAUGGACUUAACAUAUUUCUUUUUUGGUGCAAUAUUGAAUAUGAUGAAUUUCUUUCUGGGUGAAAAAGAUGACCAAUUAUGUUAAAAUGUUUUUGUAUCAAAUUUUCAAUACAAAACCACAGAGUACUACUUGAUUUUGUAGCUUGCUUUAUUAGGCUACACAUAUUUAACACUGAUGUUUGCAAAACCCAGGGGUUACUUUAAAAAUCAUCAUUGUUAAAUAGAAUGUAUAUUUGAUCUGUUUUUAAAAGAAUCCUUAAUAUAUGGGGAAUUUAGGCAGCUGUAUAUCUAAUGUUCAAUAUAUAGGACAACCAGUUAAAAUAAAUAAUUAGUGUGUGAGUGAGUGAGUGAGUGAGUGAGUGAGUGAGUGAGUGAGUGAGUGAGAGAGAGAGAGAGAGAGAGAGAGAGAG